UUUCAGGAGCAGUUAGCGCCUCUUUAUCUACUAGUUGAAGCAUCAAGAUUAGAUUGGUUCUGAAAGGGGACCACUACUACUCAGCAUUUUAAAUGAUAGGCCAGUUUCUCAACAAAUAGAUCAAUCAGAGCAAGGCGGAGAAAUUCAUUUGAAGUAUGUUUUCUCUUUGUGAAAAGGCAAGAGGCGGGUUUUUAGUACUACCAGAUAGACUAAACUAGAUACUGGAGGAGAAAUAAAUUAUUAAAUUUUUUCCCCAAUUCCGGUUUAUUGAAUUAAACCGUGAUCAAGGAAAAACUAGAACCCUCAAAUACCGGAUUUCAUAGCCUACUUUUGUGUGGGUAAGAAAGGUGCCAGAAUUGGACAUUGUGUAGGCCUAUUUCACUAUGGAAGAAAAUGAUAAUCGCAACGGAGAGCGUCAAGAUUCGGGCGAAGAGUCCAACAGAGCUAUUCUUCCUCUACAAGCACCUGGGAACCAGCAACCGCACCGAAUCACCAAUUUUUAUAUUGACAAUAUUUUAAGACCAGACUUUGGACGGCGAAAAGAUGGUACUUUUACUUAUGCUGAGAAUCUCCUCAAUGGACGACAAAACAGUCCUCGCCUUCCCCCAAAAUCUGGGCACUUAGGUGGGACGGUGGCAGGGGAAGGAACAUCUCAUUCUCGUUCUGUAGGUGAACCAAAAAAAGCAGAUCUUGUUGGAGAUGCGCCUCUUAAGCCUCGAGGAGAAAUUGGAGAUCAGUGCCUAAGCUCCGACUCGGAUAGUUCUCAAGCCAAUUCUGUAGCUUCGUCAAAACCUAUGCUCUGGCCAGCCUGGGUUUACUGUACACGAUAUUCAGAUAGACCAUCAUCAGGGCCACGAUCUCGUAAACCAAAGAAGUCGACCACAACGCCGACGACUACUCCAAGCAAGGAUGACAAGCGUCCCAGAACGGCCUUCACAGCAGAACAGCUCCAGAGACUCAAAACGGAGUUUCAGACUAAUCGGUACCUGACUGAACAGAGAAGGCAAAGUCUAGCACAAGAACUCGGCCUAAACGAAUCUCAAAUUAAAAUCUGGUUUCAAAACAAGAGGGCCAAAAUAAAGAAGGCUACCGGGAAUAAAAACUCGUUAGCCUUGCACCUAAUGGCACAGGGACUAUACAAUCAUGCCACAUCUUCAUCUAAGGAUGAAAAAUCAGACAGCGAUUGAUGAAACAGACUACAAUGCAAUACAUAACUUUAUAGGGCCAUUGUACAAAAUACCAGCAAAUAUUUAAAACUUAUGAAUGAGACAGGAUUUUGCAAUAUUCUGUGUAUAUAUAGGCCUAGGGGUUAAACAUUUUGUGUUGUAACACUUUCGCCAUGUUCCCCUGGAACUUGAAUGCUUCAUAAGCAUACAAGUUUCUUUGGUUUUUAUUUAGUUUUUAUAGCAAGUUUUUUUCCUCGACACAUUCGACUGAAAUAGUGAAAACAUGCUGAAGUCCAAAGAUUUUUUCUGCUGCAUUUUGGAAACUGUGAAUUUAUAGUCUGAAUUCUUUUUUUAUCACACCGUUUCCUUUUUGUAUUUUGAUGUUCAUGUUGAAAAUGUCCGAGGUUCCUUUGUUUAUUGUAAAAAUGCAGCCUGUCUGAGUUUAUAUGGAGUGAAAAUAGGCGUUGAAUUAUGCGUAUUAUCUGCUAACAGUGCAUUUUUAUAUUCGAAUUCAAGUUCUGCAUUAACUAUAGAUAUGUCGUGAACAUUACAUAUCAAUGCAUUCAUCUAAAUAGAUCAGCUCUGAUUAGAUGUGUUGUUAUGAGACUGAGAUUUCAUGAAAAUAAAUACAUAAUAUAUUCAAUAGCCUAGGCCUAUAAAUUAGGCUACUUUAAACUUCACCCAAUCUAUUGAAAUAAAUUGCAUAAAAGGAAUGUAGACAAACUGAACUUUCACUAAAGGACCUCUUGUAACAGCUAGCAAGAAAAACAAAGCAGUAGGCUGUUUUGUAAACCGCUACAUUUGUCUAGCAUGCAAGCGCGUAAGACAAACUUUCAUGCAAGUGUUCCAUUGGUUACAAAUGCUGCAACUCAAAGUUCAAGUUAUGCGCGCGUAUAGCUCAUAUCCAAUGGUUUAAUAGAGGAGAAUGGCGGGUGGAGGAAAACAUUGUUGAAUUGAACAGAUAACCAUUUGGAAUUAUUAUGGAAAUUCAACCGUUUUGGGUCAGUUCCACAUACCAACACAAUCCAAUGUAACCCCGCUCAAAUCGGGAUUUCAGUGCCAAGCAAUGAGUUUUUUUUUUUACAAACCAUAGCCGAUGUAUUCACUUCAACCAUUAGCCUACUUUACGGACAAUUCCAGCGGUAAAGAAGUGUUAUUGGAUGUCAUAACGGAUAUACUGUAUAAGGUUGGCUUAUCAAAUAACCCAUGCUCUCCAUAGUUUUAAAUACAUUUUGCAAUUUGAAGGGGGGAAAAAAAUCAUAUUUAUAAACAGUACUCAUAGACUAAGCGGCCAUAUUGUUUCUCGCAAUGAAGCACUGGAAUGUUUACAUAACUUAUUUAUCUUGCAAUAACUUCUUUUUGUGAAUGAAACGUUUAGAGGCCUUUGCAUGAAAGCUGCAAUCUGUCACCUGUAUAUCAUGAGACAAAAGUUGCUGUAUCCAUACCAAAUUGUGGUCUUAUGAUGUGAAUGAUCUUUUAUUGUUAAUCUAAGUGUGUGUAAAUUAAAAUCCAAACUUAAAACACAAUGCCUUAAAAGUUCUGUAAAUGAACUUUUCUAUGAGUACUGUGCUACAAUUAAAUAACACAUUCAAUGUUUAUAUCAGGAAUGGGCUAUUGCCAUUACAGAUGGUAUUUGGCUACAACGUGAAUUUACAUACUUUUUAAGCAUAUGUAUAACGAAGGACAAAGUUUGGGUUGUAUUUUUCUUUCAGUAUUCUUUCAUAUGAAACAAAUGUAAAUAAUUUGUAUCAUAACUGUGUAAUUAACCGUAAGUAAAUAAACCACAAGAAUACUAA